ACCUCUCCCCCUCACACCCACACACCCAAAUCGUCUUUUGGAGGCACGCAGCAAAUGGUAGUUGCGCUGCAAAACAGGUCAGAAAAGAAGGGAGCCUCGGUCCGAAACAGAUUGCGGUUGUGCAGGUUGUAAGAGAAGGCCAAACAGCGCCACCAUGAGCGUCCCACUCUACUCUUCGACGGCCAUCCAGCCAGCCCCCCCGACUCCUUUCUACAUCGAAGACAUCCUCGGGAGGACUGAUAACACCACAGCCAACUCCUCGUCGUCGUCUUCUUCUUCUUCAUCCUCCAUUCCGGUCAUACCCACGCCGACCUUCCCAUCUCCGAACUCCUCAUUUACCAACUUCAUCUCCCCGUACCGGACACCCGUUUAUGAGCCGACACCGAUCCACCCGGCGCUGCCCCCGCACCACGCGGCCGCGUACGCUUCUGCCGGGCCCUUCGUGGGCCCCGUGUACCCAUUCCAUCAUCUGCAGCACCACCGACCGCUGGGGGAGUACGCACAUGCCCUGUUAAGACACCAUCCUCUCGGGAAACCUGUGCUUUGGAGCCCCUUCAUCCAGCGGCCCCUGCAUAAACGCAAAGGGGGGCAGGUCCGCUUCUCCAACGACCAGACCGUCGAAUUGGAGAAGAAAUUCGAGAGCCACAAGUACCUUUCACCUCCGGAGAGGAAAAGACUGGCCAAGAUGCUUCAGCUAAGCGAGCGACAGGUGAAAACCUGGUUCCAAAAUCGACGAGCAAAGUGGCGAAGACUCAAACAGGAAAAUCCACAAGGAGCCAAGUCGGAAGAUGUCAUGUGCGGCGACAAAGGAGGUAGCAACUGCGACCGGUCCGGGGUCCCGAGCCCGGAACACACGCGGACUGCGAUGGACUCGAACGUGCUCGAAGACGGUCGCGGUGGGCCAUCCGCAUCUUUGCGGCAGUCCCUCGCCGAGCCGGAAUGGAGCCUUUCAGACGAUACAGAGACCGAGCUUGACAUAGAGGACCACAAUCAGUUCACACUGACCCAGCAGCUCUGAAGCCGAGCAAUGCGACCGACCUGCAAAAAAUGAAGACAACACAGAAAAAUAGCAGAUGCUCUCAUUUUUCUUUAUGGGAACAUUUUUGUUUAUUCCAUAAACAACUGACAUUACAUACCUCCUCAAUUCCAUAAAGCUAAGUUAGAGCAGUUAUUUGCAUUAAAUUCAUAAAAAGGUCCUUUGUUAGUGGUCUCUUACUGCCCCCCCCCCCAAGCUAUAUAUUUUGUAUAUAUUACGCAGUUGGAAAGACUGUGACUGUUUAUAUGUUACUUUAAACCAAUAGAUUAGAAAUACGUUUUGUAUGUCAUUUUAAACAGACAUUUAUCAAAAUAUUCAAUGUGGGAAGAAGAUCAAGGGAAAUGUCUAAUAAAGUAUUCAUAUGUUGAAAACGUGACUUUUUUGGGGAUUGCCUAAUUUGUGCAUUUGUAAAAUGAUAACACUAUGAUCACAAUAGAUUGCUUUCAAUCCACAUCAAAUAAUGUUAUGUUAAAAUUAGACGAGGCUUUGCUAUAGUCAAUAAUCAGGUACGUGGUCAAAAAAAAAUUAAAUUAUGAAACAUUUGAAGGGUAGUUGACAAAAGGAAAAGAGAAGCACUGUAUGAAAAUUCAAACUGU